GUGUCUCAGACUUUACCUGCACAGGGAAGACUCAAGUAGCUCCAACUCUUCACAACAUUUUUUGUCUUCUGCUGAGAGAACCGGAUAGGUUUUACCUGCACUGGGAAGACUCAAGUAGCUCCAACUCUUCACCACUGUUUUCGUCGUCUGCUGAGAGGACCGGACAGGUUUUACCUGCACAGGGAAGACUCAAGUAGCUCCAACUCUUCACAACUGUUUUCGUCGUCUGCUGAGAGGACCGGAUAGGUUUUACCUGCACUGGGAAGACUCAAGUAGCUCCAACUCUUCACCACUGUUUUCGUCGUCUGCUGAGAGGACCGGACAGGAUGAACACCUGCACGUUUCUGGCCGUGCUCGUGUCGGCCGCGUUCGACUGCGUCCUUGCCGACAUGACCAUGCAGGGGGGAAUGAACUACCUGAUGAAUUUCGGCUACAUGGACCCGCCGUCCAUGCAGACGGGUCAGCUGCAGAGCGAGGACGCCAUGAGGGAAGCCAUCUCUAUGUUCCAGGAAUUCGCAAACAUUACAGUGACAGGUAAGCUCGACAAUGAAACCAUGGCCAUGAUGGCGAUGCCCCGGUGCGGCGUGCCGGACAUGAUGGGCACCCACUCCCGCGGGAUGGCCCGCCGGCGCCGCCGGUACGCGCUGCAGGGAAGCACCUGGCCCAAGCGGGACCUGACCUGGAGCCUCGCUGAUGCCGACUACACGCCGGACCUGGGAAAGGGCGACGUCGAUGAGGCCAUCACGCGAGCCUUUCAGCUGUGGCAGGACCAAACCCCCCUGACGUUCACCAGAGUGAGCCCGCCCACCCAAGCCGACAUCUUCAUCAAGUUUGCGCCCAUCGAACACGGGGACGGCGCGCCUUUCGACGGGCCGGGGGGCACGCUGGCGCAUGCGUUCUUCCCUCAGUUCGGGGGCGACGCCCACUUCGACGAGUCGGAACAAUGGACAGUCAAAACUGCCUCAGGAACUAACCUGUUACAAGUAGCAGCUCACGAGUUCGGCCACUCCCUGGGCCUGUCCCACUCCGAAAUCUCAGACGCCCUCAUGGCGCCCUUCUACCGAGGCUACGAGCCCGACUUCGUGCUCCACUCUGACGAUAUCGCAGGGAUACAGAUGCUGUAUGGUAUGCCAGAUAUGGAGCGGCCCACCCCGCGACCCGACGCCGGCAUGACACCCAACCCGAACCCCAACCCUGACGUCCCGGACACCUGCAGCGGAGAGCUGGACGCCAUCACCAUCACAGAGGACGGCAAGACAUACGCCUUCAGAGGGAACUACUUCUGGGAGCUGAACUCCGCUGGGAUGGUUGCCGGCUAUCCUAAGCUUAUUUCUGACGUGUGGGGCGAUCUUCCCGGGGACCUGGAUGCCGCUAUGUACUACAGAGCCAACAAGAAACUCUACUUCUAUAAGGGGGACCAGUACUGGCGUUACACCAGCACCCAGCUGGACACCGGCUACCCCCGCCCCAUGAGCCAGUGGGGAGGCGUUCCUAGCAGCGUCGACUCCGCCUACAUCUGGUCUGGAAACGGCAGGCUCUACUUUACCAAAGAUGACCAAUACUACCGGUACAGGGCCGGGACGGGGGUGGACAGGGGCUACCCACGUGACCUGUCGGUGUGGAACGGUGUUCCCGCGGAUGGCGUCGACACGGUAAUGCAGUGGGUCAACGGGAGGACAUACUUCUUCAAGGGCAGCCAGUACUGGCGUUUCAACGACACGACUUUCAGUGUGGACCCCGGUUACCCAAAGUCCACCGCGCAGUACUGGUUCGGGUGUAUGAUGGAGAUGGAGCCGACCACGCCCAAACCGACCACGCCCAAGCUGCCGCCAUGUGACCUACAGGGCGUCAACAGCGGGGUCAACGUGGUCCCUACCGUUGUCUUACCUUCACUUCUGUCAGUGUUAGUGGCUAAACUCCUGCUCUUUUGAGUAGACUUCUCAUUAAGCUUUCAUGGUUGUUCCAUCGUGUAACAUAAAUAGAGGUUUUAGUAUUCACUUUUUAAACUUCUGAUGUAUUUUUCACUUCGUCAAACUGUGGUUUCUUUCUCAUUCAAGUGCAUAAAUUUUCUUUUUACAACGAUGGAUAACAGUUUUCAGGUGUAUGAUAGUUUUUUACUGGUUGAAUUUUUCAAAUGAAACGUUUGUUCAAAGAAAUUGGGUGGUGCUACACUGACUCUGAAUCUGUAAGGACUGCACCAGUAAGUAUUCACUUUUUAAACUUCUGAUGUAUUUUUCACUUUGUCAAAAUGUUGCUUCUUUCUCAUUCAAGUGCAUGAAUUUUCUUUUUACAACGAUGGAUAACAGUUUUCAGGUGUAUGAUAGUUUUUUAUUGUUGAAUUUUGCAAAUAAAACGUUUGUUAAAAGAAA